UCACGCGGGCUAAUCAAAACUCCAGAUACGAUUUAUUUCGGUAUCUGCUGCGUGUAAUCCCUAAACUACAGUAGUCUUCCGCUGUCACUGCUAACCGCAACUGAAUUACGUGUAUCUUUAUACUAUUUUUAUAAAGUACACAGUCCUAAAAACACUCGAAAGAUUGUCCGAGUAAAUUAUGGUGCUAGUGAUAACAAAACUCGAACAAAGAUAAAAUAGUGCAGCAUAGAUAGAGAUAGUGUAAAACAAAAUGCCUUGGCGAUAGGAGGAAUGUUAGUCAGUUAGCAACGAAAAACUUUAUAUCGUGGACAAAAAUGUUAGUGUUUAUAGUUGUUAGUGUGGCUGUAUUGUUACCGUAUGUGACGGCAGAAAGCUGCUUCCAACAACGCUGUCUCGGCUGCCAUCCAGACGACGCUGCGUUUCCUGGCUCACCCAUACAAUGCCACCCCAGCACCUCGGUCACGGCCGAGUGGAUACACAAUCUAGGGCACCCACCACCGUCCACGGAUUCCAAGGUGCCUAUAGAGUACCACUGCCUGAAGAUGGUAGCGACUCCAGAUGACAAAUCAUUUGGCAACACCGUGGACGUUAUACGCGGAUGCAUCCCCAGAGUCCAAGUGGACUCCGUCUGUCUCGCUCUAAAGGCUGUGGAGCGAGCGAGAGGCCACAGCGACGCGCGCUGUUUCACAUGCAACAGAAAUAAUUGUAAUUCGGCAACUAGCAUACAAAUUUUUAGCCUUCGUAUAGUAUUUGCCAUUUAUUUAAUUUACAUUUUAUUAGGGUAAUUUUAAUUAGUAGCAAAUAAUUU